AUGGAAACAAAAGAAAAAGAAAUAUUGAUGAAGAACACAUUGUUUGAAGCGUGCAUGAAGCAACAAUGGGAGAGAGUUUCAUCCAUAUACCACCACUCUGGAGUGGUUGCUUGGGAGGCAAAAAUCACAAAAUCAGGAGACACCGUUCUCCACAUUCUCAUCAACUGCUACCACCCUGCAGGCUCCAAAAACCUUCUGCUACAGAUCAAGGACAUGGUGGAUAUCUACAAACUCAACAAUAUCUUAGAAGAUGAUGAGGCAUUGAGAGUGUUGAAAUUGCAGAAUGAUAUAGGUGACACUCCUCUUCACCUUGCUGCUCGCCUUGGAAACACUGAAAUCUGCACACAUAUUCUCUCCAGAGCUCAAAAACAAGGCAAAGCGUACGAGCUGAUCAGAGAGCGCAACUUUAAGAAGGAGACGCCAUUGUUCUUGGCGGCGCAUCGUGGCAAGAUGGAGGCGUUUCAGUUCCUGCUCACAGUGUUCAAAAAGGAAAACCACAAUCCAAUUGAUAUUUGCAGACAGGAAAAUGGGGAUACUAUUCUUCACUCAGCUCUCUCUGGAGAGUACUUUGAAAUGGCGUUCGAGAUAAUAAGUGAACUUCCAGAACUUGGCAAUUAUGUCAAUGAGGAUGGGAUAUCUCCUCUACAUAUUCUAGCCACAAAACCACAUGCAUUCAAAAGCCGCAGUUAUCUAGGAUCUGUUGAUCUCAUCAUCUACCACAGUGCUACUGUUAGAAGCCUAAAAAGGGCAAAACAAUCUGCUGAGGAUGAUGAAAUUCUUAACAACUUCCCAGCAAACUGGUGGACACUAGUGGAAUUCUUCAAGUUUGUCUAGGAAUGCAUUUCCAGGCUUUUUGGAGAAUGUGAAAAUCAAAAUGCUCAUCAAGAGAGA